UUACGGCGGCAGCGUGAAUACGUGACGUUUGGCCCAGGCCUCAGUUCGCACGUGGCGGCGGCGGAGAGAGGUUGUUGUCGCUGCUGCCAUUGUCGUCCCCGCCGCCAGUAUGAAGCGGCCGAAGUUGAAGAAAGCAAGUAAACGCAUGACCUGCCAUAAGCGGUAUAAAAUCCAAAAAAAGGUACGGGAGCACCAUCGAAAAUUGAGGAAGGAAGCCAAAAAACGGGGUCGCAAGAAGCCUAGGAAAGAUCCAGGAGUUCCAAACAGUGCUCCCUUUAAGGAGGCUCUUCUUCGGGAAGCUGAGCUAAGAAAACAGCGGCUUGAAGAACUAAAACAGCAGCAGAAACUUGACAGACAGAAGGAACAGGAAAAGAAAAGAAAACUUGAAACUCAGCCUGCUGUUGAGCCAUCUAGUGGGGAACCUGUGAAGGAGGAACUUGGGCAAGGCAAAGCAAAGAACAAAGCCAAGUUGGGCAAACAGAGUCCAAAGAAAUCAUAUUGUCAGGAACUUAAAAAGGUGAUUGAGGCCUCAGAUGUUGUGCUAGAGGUGUUGGAUGCCAGAGACCCGCUUGGUUGCAGGUGUCCCCAGGUAGAAGAGGCCAUUGUCCAAGGUGGACAGAAAAGACUAGUACUUGUGUUAAAUAAAUCAGAUCUGGUGCCAAGGGAGAAUUUGGAGUCCUGGCUAAGUUAUCUGGAGAAAGAAUUGCCAACAGUGGUGUUCAGAGCUUCAACAAACUGGAGGGACAAAGGAAAGCUAAUCAAGGUAAAGAAGAAAGCUGCUCCAUUCAAAAGUAAAGUCUGCUUUGGGAAAGAUGGCCUUAUGAAGCUUCUUCGAGGAUUUCAGGACACUUGUGGCAAAGCCAUUUGCGUUGGAGUAAUUGGUUUCCCAAACGUGGGUAAAAGCAGCAUCGUUAAUAGCUUAAAACAGGAACGGACAUGCAAUGUUGGUUUAUCCAUGGGGCUUACAAGGAGCAUGCAGGUUGUCCCCCUGGACAAACAGAUCACAAUCAUAGACAGUCCCAGCAUCAUCGUGUCUCCACUUAACUCCGCCACUGCACUUGCUAUGAGAAGUCCAGCAAGUAUUGAAGUAGUAAAACCAGUGGAGGCUGCCCAUGCCAUCCUGUCCCAGGCCGACGCUCGACAGGUAGUAUUGAAAUUUACUGUCCCAGAAUACAAGGAUCCUCUGGAAUUUUUUACUUUGCUUGCUCAAAGAAGAGGAUUGCACCAAAAAGGUGGAAGCCCAAAUGUGGAAGGUGCUGCCAAACUGCUAUGGUCUGAGUGGACAGGUGCCACCUUAGGUUACUAUUCCCAGCCCCCGACAUCCUGGACUUGUUGUCCACAUCUUAAUGAGCGCAUAGUGGCAGAAAUGAAAUUGGGCUUUAAUAUGGAAGAACUGAAAAAGAACAAUGUACACAGCAUACAAGCCAUCAGGGGCUCUCGUUCAGCCAGUAGCAUCCUUUUCCGAUCUUCGGGUCUGACAAAUGGAAUCAUAGAGGAAGAGGACAUACCUGAGGAAUUGCCAAAACAGAAGGAGAGGAAGCAGGAGGAGGACAUUGACAGUGACCAGGAAAGUGUUGGUAGUGAAGAAGCUGGUGAAAAGAACUCAGACAUGUCUCCUGCAGAAGACACAUGGGAGGCAUUUCCUGAGGAGUCUCAAGCAGGCAAACAGUUCUGCAGUCAAGAAGCAAGAUCUUUUGCUAUGGAUAAAACAAUCAAAGAGGAGGAAGAUGCCUAUGACUUCAGUACAGACUACGUAUAGCAAAAAGCCUGUCCUAUUGGAGGGGCUUCUGUUUUUUGAGCAGACUGCUCAACUCUUCCGUUGUGUGUAACAUACCGGUUUGUUAAUUAUGUCCUAAGCUGUGUAAAUUUUGUGAAUAUGUAGCAUAUGAUAUAUUCAUUAAAAAGAAUGAGGCAAUUUAGAAAGUGUCUAAAUUCUCUAAGACAACAAC